CGACAGACGACCAGCUCCACCGCAGUGAAGCUACGACACAAGCCGCUGCUGCAGCUUCAGUCCCUGGCAGCGACCGAGCUCACCAAGCAGUCUCGUCCACUGGUACAGGAAAGACUAAACAGUGCUUUUGGAAAUUCUGAGCCGCAGAACGAAAUGACUGCUGUAAUUUAUUGUUAAAAAAAAGUUAAAAAAUAAAGAUGUCAAUAUUACCCUUCACUCCUCCAAUCGUGAAGAGGCUCCUCGGCUGGAAGAAGGGAGAGCAGAACGGGCAAGAGGAGAAAUGGUGCGAAAAGGCUGUCAAGAGUCUUGUGAAGAAGUUGAAAAAGACGGGACAAUUGGACGAGUUGGAAAAAGCCAUCACGACUCAAAACGUCAACACGAAAUGCUUAACCAUACCCAGAUCUUUAGAUGGGCGUCUUCAGGUCUCGCACAGAAAAGGUCUUCCUCAUGUGAUCUACUGUCGCUUGUGGCGCUGGCCAGACCUCCAGUCCCAUCAUGAACUGAGGGCUGUGGACCACUGUGAAUUUGCCUUCCACACUAAGAAGGAUGAGGUCUGUGUCAACCCAUACCACUACCAAAGGGUGGAGACACCAAUUCUGCCCCCUGUUCUAGUACCACGGCAUGCAGAUAUACCCGCUGAGUUUCCAGCUUUGGAUGACUAUAGCCCGUCUAUUCCUGAGAACACCAACUUCCCCGCUGGCAUCGAGCCCCAGAGUAAUUAUAUUCCUGAAACUCCCCCACCAGGGUAUCUCAGUGAAGAUGGUGAGACAAGUGAUCACCAGAACAACCAUAGCAUGGACACAAGCUCACCCAGCCUGUCACCCAAUCCUGUGUCACCCGCAAACAGUAAUCUAGACUUGCAACCUGUGACGUACUGUGAGUCUGCCUUCUGGUGCUCUAUCUCCUACUAUGAGCUAAACCAGCGUGUAGGAGAGACCUUCCACGCCUCCCAGCCCUCCCUAACAGUUGAUGGAUUCACAGACCCCUCCAACUCUGAACGCUUCUGUCUCGGAUUGUUGUCUAACGUCAACCGCAACUCAGCGGUGGAGCUCACACGCAGACACAUAGGACGAGGUGUGAGGCUGUACUACAUUGGAGGAGAGGUGUUUGCAGAGUGUCUGAGUGACAGCGCCAUCUUUGUGCAGAGUCCUAACUGCAACCAGCGCUAUGGUUGGCAUCCUGCCACUGUCUGCAAAAUACCCCCAGGCUGCAACUUGAAGAUCUUUAAUAACCAGGAGUUCGCUGCUCUGCUCGCACAGUCAGUCAACCAGGGCUUUGAGGCCGUUUACCAACUCACCAGAAUGUGCACCAUUCGGAUGAGUUUUGUCAAGGGCUGGGGAGCUGAGUACAGACGUCAGACGGUGACCAGCACCCCCUGCUGGAUAGAGCUGCAUCUCAACGGCCCUUUGCAGUGGCUUGACAAGGUUCUCACACAAAUGGGCUCUCCAAGCAUCCACUGCUCCAGUGUGUCAUAAAAGAUGCUCAUGCUUUACAAGGAACCUUCCUUCACAUUGACACUCUAAUACACAUAGGAAAACUCAGGCGUAUCUAACUGAUAAUAAGGAAAGAGACACCAUUCAUUGAAUCUAUUAUGACCCUCCUCCCCCCGCUGUCAAACAUUUCGCCUCACCUCUGUAGCACUUUCCUUAGUUCCAUUUAGUGUCUUCAUCUGAUAACUACUUAAGAACUUCUACAUUGUUUCAUGUGUUUAACAGGCAGCCUGUCAUUCAGACAUCAUGUCUUGUUAUAUUGUUUUAGAAAUGAAAGAUGAAAAGUAUGGUACUGGUUCAGUUUUGUCAUCUAUUUAAACAUUUCAAAACAAUUUUGAUUCUAUGAAUUAGCUUUUAUUAUGACGACGUUGUCAUUACUUGUGGUUCAAUCUUAGUACCACUGCUCGUUAUCAUUGAAUCAAGAUGCUUAUUUAUCAAGGAACCAUAAAUUAACAAGGAAAAGGUCAUAAUGGGUAUUGAUUAAAUAGAAUAUUUUUUAAUUCAAACUAAGUACAAAGUACUUCUUGCCCUUAUUGAUUAAUAUGUAUUGAAGAAAGUGUUGAUUCUUUCAUUAAUCUUGUAAUAGGUAUUGUAUCUAUUUUAAACAACCCAAACAUAUAUUAGCACCAUUGUUUGUUGACAAGAACACUUGUAUGAAAACUAUUUUGCUUAGUGAAAGAGACAUUUUAUAAGUUAUUUUUGCAUACUGUCCUGCAUGGGAAUAUAUUUUUUUUAUUGCCUCAAUUUAAUUGUACAUAAAUAUUUAUAGCUUGUAGUCAUAUUUUGCUUGAAACAUCAGACCUGACUGACCUCUGGCAUGAGUGUACUCGCAAGAAACUUUUGCUUUAAUGACCCAAACCGUGGUCUGCUUAAAUGCUGGCUUUUAAAAACCUGGGUCAACUGGUUUCUUAUGUGUAACACAGGAUUAUUGUUCUAGCUUUUACUGUUAUUUCAUGAUAGGGACUUAGAUUAUGAUAAAGUAGUUUUGAUCAUCAGUGAUUGGUUAAUUUAGGCAUUGUCUGACUUCAGUUUGUUUCAUCCAUUGAUGACACGUUGAGUGAAAACAGACGCUGGUCUUUUCACGAAUGGCCAUCUAUGAGCUAACGUUAUUAUACUAUGCUCAUGUUGGCUAAAUGAUGCACUUCAAAUUGACUGUGUUUUUAGGUGUAACGCUUUAGUUCUAGUGGUAGUUUGCUAGUCCAGUAAAUGCUGUAUGCUACAUGUACAUUGCUACAAUAUUGUAAGGCAUGUGUGAUUUACUUGGUGUCAUUGUUUCUGAAGCCACCAUCUUUAGCUUGCACUUAAGCACAGUAUAAAAGACUGAAUCACCACGUUAUCUACUUAACACAAAGACAUUGUACUAAACCAAAAUACAGUGUUUUGCAUUACUUGAGGUAGUUAGUGAACUGGUAUUAGCACUUGUGUUCCUUGAUUUCUUUAGUUGGUGGUUUUCUGUUCCAAGUCUUAUGUACAUGUUUUUUCAUGUAGCCAAAUAUUUGUUCUCAAAUGACCAUUGUUUUGUUAUCUGGGAAAAAUGAAUAAAUUGCAUCUGAGAAAAAAAA